UUCUUUUUUCCUCUUCUAAGCUUCGGUUACUGUUAGGUCUACCUAGUAAAAUUGCAAUUACUGUUCUAGAUUAUCAAAUCUAUUCACUUUUCUUUUACAUUUCCCUUUUAACAUUUUUUUUAUCUCAGGUAAUCGUCGUCGUUUUAUUAGUAGACCAUAAUUUCCCGUUUUUAUUUUUCCCCGUCAUUUUAUUUUUCAUUUUUUCUCCUUAUUUUCCUAAGAAAGCUUCUGCCUUUUCGUACUCCUUCCUCUGAUCCUUGCCGGGAAAUGUAAAAAGUUUUCGUUUCUGUGCAUUCCCUUUUUCUUUUUUGAGUCAAUACUAUUUGGAUUUGAAGUAUUUAUUUUGUUUUAAUAAUCAGUCUUAUUUAGGUCCAAACCACUUUUUUUGGGGUGGGGGUUUGUAUUUUUUUGGAAACUGAAAAGAGUUCCAUGGUGAGAUCAUGGUUAUGUAUUGAAAAUAGAAACUUCAAAUUUUCGAGUAAUUAGGUUUCUGCAAGCGUUUUUCUCUUUGACCGUUUUGUAAGAGGGUGAAGAUUCUCUGGUAGACUUGGAGGAAAUUGAUUACGUAGCCUUAGAAAGAGAGAGAGAGAGAGGGAGACAUGAAUUGUUUUCCAGAUGAGGUGAUUGAGCAAAUAUUUGGCUAUGUGACUUCACAGAGAGACAGGAAUGCCUUGUCUCUGGUGUGCAAGAACUGGCACAAAUUAGAGAGAUGCAGUAGGAAGAGUGUGUUCAUAGGGAAUUGUUACUCCAUUAGUCCUGAGAGAGUGAUAGAAAGGUUUCCUGAGCUAAAGUCCUUAAAUUUAAAGGGAAAACCUCAUUUUGCAGAUUUUAAUUUGGUUCCUCACGGUUGGGGUGGUUUUGUGUAUCCUUGGAUUGAAGCACUGGUCAAGAGCAGGGUUGAUUUGGAGGAGCUUAGGCUGAAGAGGAUGGUGGUUACAGAUGAGGGCUUGGAUCUACUUUCCCGUUCUUUCAUGAAUUUCAAGUCUCUGGUUCUUAUUAGUUGUGAAGGGUUCACCACCACUGGCCUCGCAACUAUAGCUGCAAAUUGUAGGUUCCUCAGGGAGCUGGAUUUGCAGGAAAAUGAAGUUGAACACAGAGGGCAGUGGCUAAACUGCUUUCCUGAUUGCUGUACAACACUUGUAUCUCUUAAUUUUGCCUGCCUUAAAGGAGAGAUUAAUCUGGGGGCUCUUGAGAGACUUGUGGCCAGAUCUCCUAACCUUAAAAGCUUAAGGUUAAACCAUACCGUGCCCCUCACUGCACUCCAAAGGAUAUUGAUGCAAGCACCUCAACUAGUGGACUUGGGUAUUGGGUCAUUUGUCCAUGAUCCACAUUCUGAUGUCUGCACUAGGCUGAAGAACACCAUUAAAAAGUGCAAGUCAAUGACCAGUUUGUCAGGAUUUUUUGAAGUUCUUCCUGGCUGCCUUAGAACUAUAUAUCCUGUUUGCAUGAACCUAACAGCCUUGAACCUGAGCUAUGCAGCAGGGAUUCAUUGCAGAGACCUAAUAAAACUAAUUUGCUUCUGUGGGAAACUUCAGCGUUUAUGGAUAAUGGAUUACAUUGGAGACUAUGGGCUAGGUGUUGUGGCUUCCGCAUGCAAAGAUUUGCAAGAACUAAGGGUUUUUCCAUCCGUUCUCAUUGGUUUAAAUGGCCCAGCAGGAGUCUCAGAGAAAGGACUUGUUGCCAUCUCCAGGGGUUGCUCUAAGCUUCACUCAUUGCUGUACUUCUGUCAGCAGAUGACAAACGCUGCCCUCAUAACUGUGGCUAAAAACUGCCCAAAUUUCGUCCGCUUUAGAUUGUGCAUCCUUGAUCCAACAAAACCUGACCCUGAUACAAUGCAGCCGCUCGAUGAAGGUUUUGGUGCAAUUGUGCAGUCUUGCAAGCAACUCCGGCGGUUGUCACUAUCCGGCUGGUUGACCGAUCAGGUUUUCCUUUACAUUGGGGUGUAUGCUGAGCAGCUUGAGAUGCUGUCAAUUGCCUUUGCUGGAGAAAGUGACAAGGGAAUGAUGUAUGUGUUGAAUGGAUGCAAGAAACUACGCAAGCUUGAGAUACGAGAUAGCCCUUUUGGUGACUCGGCUCUUCUGUCGGACAUAGGGAAGUAUGAAACUAUGCGGUCGCUGUGGAUGUCGUCCUGUGAUGUCACCAUUGGAGCUUGCAAGGCACUAGCUGAGAAGAUGCAAAGGCUAAAUGUGGAGAUAUUUAAUGAAAAUGAGAAGGUAGAUUCCAAUGUGGAAGAUGGUCAGAAAGUACAGAAGAUGUACUUGUACAGAACAUUGGCUGGGAAAAGGAACGAUGCACCAGAACAUGUGUGGACUCUGUAGGUGUGCAUUUUGGCUAUUUAGGUUCUUAUUGAGCUGUUUCACUAGACUGAGUUUACUGUUAAUGGAACUUUAGUUGGUGGUCA